UCACAGCCCACUAUGGAGCUAGAGCAUGCCAUCGGGUUCUCCGGAGAUCUCAGGAAAUGCCUGAUGUUUCAUCCGAAUGGCAGAGACAUGGUGUAUGCAGCGGGAGGGUGCUUGAUCGUUGCAGACUUGCUGGACCCUCACAACCAAGUGUUUCUGCGGGGUCAUGACGAUUUCAUAACGACUGUCGACGUCUCCCCGAGCGGCAGGUACAUCGCAUCGGGACAGAGGGGAGAGAACGCAGACGUGAUCGUGUGGGACUUCGAGGAGAAGAGGCUGCUCUACAGGAUGCAGUCUCAUGACGCGGGGGUGGCCGUGGUGGCGUUCUCCCAUGACGAGAAGCUGCUGCUCAGUGUCGGGGUGACACCGGGGGACAAUCGGUUGUUUGUGUGGGACAUGGCAAGCGGUCUGAUGAACGCGCAAUCUAAUGCUGUCCAAUCAAACACCAUGUGUGCAGUCUGGGGAGGUUUUUUCAAGGACAUUAAAAGAAGAGACACUUCCAACUACAUGUUUGCAACAGCAGGCAAGAAGAGCAUUCGAAUAUGGUGUCUGGACCCUGUCAACGGGGCUUGGCCUGUCAUGGGCGAGAAUUUCACUGCGCACAGUCAUAUUCGGGAUUACACAUGUUUAGCAUUCUCGCAUGAUAGAAAUCAUCUUUUUGCAGGAAGCACAACAGGUGAGAUGUAUAGACAACUGCUUGUUGGAGGGCGAUUGUUUGGCCUGAUGUAUAGGAUGCGAAAUUCUGAUAUGAAAACCGUGAAAAUAUCCGAAUCUCAUCGAGGGGCUAUUACCGCUGUCACGUUUCCAAGAGAUUCUUCCGAUCGAUUUGCAACAUGCUCGGUAGACGGAUCAAUGGUUGUGUGGGACUUAACGGAUUAUCACAUCUUGUGUUCGGGAAAAUGCAGGGAUGGAGGAAUCCCAACUUGUAUUUCGUAUGCCUUCGAUUGUAUCAUCUCUGGUUGGACGGAUGGAAAGGUUCGAUGUUUCGACGGGGAGACGGGGGAGAUGCUGUGGGACAUCAGCGACGUGCAUAAGGGAGGCGUUACAGCGCUGCAGGUGGUCUCAUACAAUCAAAGAUUCAUGAUUACAGGCGGAGAGAACGGGGACAUCAGAGUCUGGGACAUCAAGUCGAGAGAGAUGGUCUCCCAUCUCAAGGAGCACACAUCAGCCAUAACUUCCAUCUCCAUCUUCGAGGACGACGCGCAUGCUCUGACAGGGAGCAAGGACAGGAACAUCCUGUGCUGGGACCUCCGGCAUGAAAAGCGAGUCGCUUCCCUUCGGCAAAGGAUGGGAGGCAUCAAUUCCUUUGCUCUCCUCCCCGACCAGCUCCAAGUAGUCUCAGUGGGUCAAGAAAGAAAACUUUCCUUCUGGGACCUCCGUGAGCCGGAUCCGAUUCAGAGCAUCGCGCUGGAGGGAGAAGCUCUUGCUCUUUCUAUCUCCUCCUCUGGGAACUUUAUCGUGACGGGAGGGAAAUCGCAGGUUCUUCAGCUUUGGCUGUUUGAAGGAGGGAAUCGGUUAGCAGAUGGGAUGGGCCAUUCGGGAAGCAUCAACAGUGUUGCCUUCAGCCCUGAUGACAAGCAGAUCGUGUCUGUCGGAGAAGAUGGAUGUAUCUUCGUGUGGAACGUGUACACUUAA